CGUCGACAGGCGGGUAAUUUGAACGUUUGCAGGCACCAGUUUUUCGGUUGGCGCGAGCCUGAGUUGGUGACCGCGGCGGAGAUUGAGCCGGACCGUAGACAUGUCGGAGCGGCGAACGCGGUCCGGAGGCGCCGCCCAGCCGUCCGGGCCUAAGACACCACUUACUAAGCCUUUGAAGAGGCCCCAGCGGAAAUCUGGCUCAGAUCUCCCGAACAUCUUUUCUGAAAUAUGGCCGAAGACACCCCAUGCGGCUCCAGUCAGAAAGGCCAUCGUUUUGAAGAAGAUCGUAGCUCAUGCAGUAGAGGUCCCACCUGUGCACAGACUUCGCAGGAGCCCUAGGAUCUCUUUUAUCUUGGAAAAAGAAAACAGCCCUCCCCUCAAGGUACCCACUAAAGAGGACCUCUUCAAGACUUGUCCUGUCCCUGGCACUCCCAGCAGCACCCCAGUGCUGUACACUCACAAUGUUGAGUCUAACUCUGGGGAAGGAGAGCAGGAUGCCAGAGACUUGGAAAUGUCUCAAAAAGUCAGGCGAUCAUACAGUCGGCUAGAGAGCUGCAGUUCUGCCUCAACCUCUACUCCUGGCCGCCGAUCCUUCUUUGGCUUUGAGGGACCUGAAGACUUGCCUGGAAUCUCACCUGUCGUGUGUUCAAAGUUAACUGAGAUCCCAAAGGUGCCUGUAAAGCCCAGGCUUCCGGACACAACGCUUCCUGGAAUCUCGCCUCCACCUGUGAAAGAGAAACGGAAGAAGAAGGUGCCUGAGAUCCUGAAAUCAGAGCUGGAUGAGUGGGCUAAGACCAUGAAUGCUGAAUUUGAAGCUGCUGAGCAGUUUGAGCUUCUCAUUGAGUGAGAUGAACUGGGAUGCCAAUCACUGAGUGAGAUGGGCU